GGAAGUGUUGAGCUCAGGUUUUUUUUGGCGGAUCUUUGGGAGCAAAUGUCCACACGGUCUCUUUAUUUACAGUGUUUAACGGAAAGAAUAGCACGCAGCUGGCGUUUGGUUAAAUUUUGCGACAGAUAGGAUUGUAAUCUCGGUUUGUAAUCUGUUAUUUGGUCGUAUUUUGGUGCGUUUAUCCUUGUUUUAGCUAGCGCUGUUAGCCGAUCGUUGGCCUGUCGCGCGUCGCGGUCAAAGGUUGACAAAAUGUCAAUACCACGGUCUCGAUCACCACAUUACAGGAGGUUGCCAUUGGAGGAACCUGGCUUUGAUCCACACAGACCAAGUGGAGAUCUGGAUGGGAUUUCUAUGGACAGAAGGGAACGCUUUCGGAAAGGUUCUGAAGAAAUCAGGGAGAACUUCAGUGAAGACAUGUAUCCAGAAGGGCAGAGGAGAGCCCCUCCAUUCACAGAUGACCAUCGAUUUGAACGUCAGCCUUACAAAGAUCGGGAGGAGUUUCACCACAGGAGGUUAUCACCCCGCCAUGAUGUACGCUAUGAAGAAUGGAGGUUUCCCCCAGUGAGAGAUGGAGGAUUUGAUGGAGAUAAGAGAAGAGAAGGCUUUAGAGAGGAAUUCCAGAAUUUUGAACACAGGAGUCGGUCGCCGCCGAAGUUCACGAGGGAAAGGUUGCCACCGACACCGAGGUCUAAUUCAGACCAGAGGGAUUCGGGGAUGGGCUGGAAGAGAGAGGAGCAGGUCAGGGAUCGGUGGAGGUUCACAGACCUCAGUCCCAGUUUGAGGUCUGACGACCAAAGAGUUGGAGGAGAUGGGGAAAGAGGGAGGAGAUUCACUCAAGGUCCUAAUAGAGGCAGACAAAGGGAAAACCCACAUCAUGAGAGGGGCCUCCCUUUUAAAAGACAACGAAGAGAAAUGGAUGACGUCAAUCAUCCUGGGUCCAGGAAUGAGAAGGACUUUGGGGAAAAGGGUUACUCAAUGGAAGGAAGCAGACAUGAGUUUGGUGAAGACACUCGGGGAAACCUCCCCCACGGAGACGGUCGGUACUCGGGGCCACUUGUCAUUGAACACGAUCAUGGCAUCCGAGACAAUAGAAAGCUGCCACGAUGGGAAAGGUUUGAUGACCACAGGGAUCUCAAGCCUGAGUUUGAUCGACAGAGGAAGCCCCGUCCAGGGGGCUCCUCUGAGGAGCUUUUUAGGAAGACGGGAACCAGGUUGGAUGAUCAGGAAGAUCCACGAGAACACCGUUAUCAAGGUAAUUCGGGGGAAUCAAACUAUUAUGAAACUAGGAGAAGCCCUGUGCUUCAGGACAGGUCAAAUGCAGCAAGAUAUGGUGUUCAAGGUGGCCCCAUGAAUCACAGGGGGAGAGGUGCCACUCAACCAGCAAGAAGGAGGUACAACCCAAAUCAAAGCGGACGGCCAGGACAACCAAGAAAUCACCCACGCUUACAGCAGGCCUCCCAGGGAUACCAAGAUCUUCCUCGCGAAGAGCAGAGACAAGGGUUCCACCCCGUUAGGGAAGAUUAUGACGACGACACUGAAGAUGAGCCCAACUGGGCAGAAAAAGACAAACUUCAACAGUGGGACCAGGAAAGGCCUAGAAGUCUGGAACGGCCCCCAGGGAGGGAUUUGGACCCUAAAAUGCCCCAUUUGAGGCAGCAGGGAUGGAGCAAUCAGAAAGCCAACAAUAUGACGGUUUUAACAGAGGAAACGCUAACCAUCAAGGUGGACAUGAGUCGGCCAAUAAACCAGAACAGCCCGCUGUGUUAUUCCUCAGACAGGCAGCUCUCUUUAGAUCUGGUCAAUGUUGGUCGCCAGCGUCUGGACUUCCUGCCCAUGCUGGAGCACUCCGGCACAUAUCAGGAGACCGCCAUGCACACUGGGACGUUUGCCCAGGAGAUUAUCACACUCGUGCACCUUGUCAAAGAGCAGUAUUUCAGAGGGGAUGGGAUCACCCUGAAUCAGCGCUUCUCAGCUCCACAAGAAGGCAGCUUUUCUGAAGAAGAGAUGGAGGAGCUGACGUCGGACGAGGGAUUCGAGUCAAACCAAGGUUUCAGUUUGGAUAUGAACUCGCUGCUCAGUGACGACAAGCCUCUGUUCUUCUCGAGACCAACACAGGGCGUGAGGCUGCAGCCCGUGCGAGGUCCGGGUGACCUGAGGCACGACCUGGAAAGGAGGCGACAGGAGAAACUGGAAGGGGUUAAAGUUACAAUAGCUGGGAGCACUAUGUCACAGCGCCCCCUGGGUGCAUGCAGUGAUCCAGUAAUGGGAUACAGUGACAAGAUGCCUCAUAUGGACCACAGGAGACGAGAUGGAAGCACGGGACCGAGGAGAGGAGCUCUGAACAGGCUGAACGCAGGCGCUCAACACGGGAACAGUCGCUUCGGCUUUCAGAAACAGAACUUACGCAACAGCUCUGCAGGUCCAAACUGGUGACCGGGCUCCUCGAGUGGUUUCCGUUUGCAUUUAUAAAACCAGCCGUUCUCGGGCCGACCUGCAUCCAUGGUAACAUGUCGGAUGUGAAGAGGCCUCUGCUGUGGCGGUGUUUUUGCGACGGACGCAGCAGACUGAGAGAUGAAGUAGAAAAAUGUGAAAUGCUGAUUCGUGCAGCGCUGGUCUGUGUUUGCACCUGUUAUGUUGCUUCUUCUCCCUCAUAAUUUGAUUUGAAACCAUUUCAAAAUGUCUUUGUGUUGUUGGUGAAAGUCUGAGUUUCCUCACGAACAGACUCGUUUUUACCCGUCCCUGAAAGUCUGUUUGUAAUGAACGUUUCUGUGUUUUGGUGACAGGUUUUGUUCUUUGUCCUUGUUCUGUGUACACAUUUCACGCUGCUCGCCGAGCGGUGCUGAACAAAUAAAACGUUUGUUUUUAAA